ACCCGCGAUCCCGGCCGUCAGUCGGCGGUGAGAAGUCUUCGCGCACGGUCGUUUCGGAUUGAGAUUAAGCUAGACGGUCGGUCGCAUCGAGUGGGUAUCCGUUAAAGGUGGCUUAAGAGGAUCUUGAACUCCCGGACAUCAUUCUAGAAACACCUUAGAAGAUCGCUCGGACACUUCCCAACCGGAUCUAGUGCUGCUACCGUUUUCUGUCUGUGUGUGUGUGUGCGCGUUUUAUUGUUGUGCUUUAAUACGAUUUGUCACCAGCGACCAAAGAAGCUGGAGAAGAAGAAGAAGAAGAAGAAGAACAGCAAAGAAAGAAGAGGGAACAGAAAAGCGUUAGCAGAAAAAGUUCUACUGAAAAAGCAUCAAAUAUGGCCGUCACCAAAGUUCUCCAGAACACAUCACCGUUCGUGCUCCUACUGUUAAAUCAUCUCGCUGUUGUACUUGCCAAUCCCUCGCCUUAUCCCCAUCCAACGCUCGCUCCUCAGAAGCCAGGCUGUGGAUUGUACGGGCAAAGCUCCUGUCCAUUUGUUCCAGCUCCACCUGGGACAACUCCAAAGUGUGCCUCACCAGGGUCAACGUUUUGUGAAUCAAAUCCUGACUAUCCUUCCUACCUAAUUAAGCACCUCGUGGAAUCGUUGGGCUAUCAGCGUAUCAUUGCCAACGAGGAGAUGGUUGAUUUCGGUGCAAACAAACCAAUGGAAGAGGAGGAACAUCUCCAUCAUCAUUAUCAUCAUUUUUAUGGGUCGUUCAGUCCAAUGGAACCAUCCAAACCGUCCAGUAAGCCUCCACCGUCCUCGGGUGCUGGCUAUAAUUAUAUCACACCAUCCCAGCAAGCUCACGGCACUGCAAACUACGAGCAGAAGCGUCCCGUACCCGUUCCACAGCCGAUCUACAUUCCCAAGCCACAACACUCGUACCACUACAACUCGUACGUCCGGGCUCCGAUGUACAACCGGCACGGAGGAUCAUCCGGUUCCGGUCAGGGAUACUAUUAUCCACACCCGCAGGGUGGAUCUUCCCCUGGUUCAUCCAGCUCAUCGCCCUCGGUUACUCAAUACAGUCCUGCGGAUUGGUUGAAACGCUUCGCCCGGGAUUUGUCGGACAAACAUAGCCGUGAGGCACGAUUGGCAUCGCUACGCCGAGUUGAUGAAUCGAUUGAUCCGUUCGAAACGGAACCGGCACCGUUCCGUCGUCCUGCCGUGGUGAAUGAGACGGUGUACGAGCGUUUACUGGCGAAACAUAAUCGUCCCAAGAGGGAGAGCGAGCUGGGAAAGGAAACGCUGUGCAGUGUGAGGGAACGGUACAUCACACCGCAGACGGCACUCAACACGAAAGGGAACUGGAUGUUUGUGGUUAAUCAGGAGAACUCGAGACAGCUCGUCAAGACAGAAGUUUGUGCGUCAACGGAAUGCUCCAACCUGUGCAGUUUUCCGGUAGGAUACAGUUCCCGGUGCGAGCAACGAUACGUCCAGAAGCGGCUGGUAACGCUGGAUCCGAGCGGAAGGAAUCUGUACGUGGACACUUACUGGUUCCCGAGCUGCUGCGUGUGUUCGUUAUACUCUGGGAACAGAAUUUAAUCUCCAGCGCUAGUGAUCAACGCUUCAGAGGGUAGUAGUCUUAACAGUUCUAUCGAAAGAAGAAGAAGGUGACGUAUUUAUGGAACUGACAAAUAUUAUGUGUUCCUUGAUUAAAUAAAACAGCAAGAAGAAAGCUUAACGCAAAA